AUGAUACCGCCGCUGAAUUGGCACAAAUGGCUAGUGUUGUCGCUGCUCGGAUUGGCUUUGUCCGCUUGGCCAAUUGGCUGCGAUUAUAGUUCCAUCACCGAGAAAUUUGGAGCGGAAGCUGUUGCUCGAUGCAAUGAAAAAUGCCCAUUCCAGAAUCGAACAACAGAUGGCCAUUUCGACGUGAAUUGUGGAUUGGACUGCAGCGUACAACAAUGUACACUAGGUUGCAGCCUGUGGCAGCAGGGACUUAUGAACUCUUGUCAGAUUGUUUGCAAUGUCACAUCGGAAACUGUAUUUUCGCGGGAGUUAUACUGUGUGAUGGGUUGCAACGAAGCUCUCAAUACGUAUUACCAAAAGAUCAGAGAGUUGAUCGGAACACCCACCGCCCCAGCAUUAGUAGCAGACAGCCUAACAGCAACAUCGCUGUCACUCGUAUGGGAAGCGCCUAAUCUAGGAAACCUGAGCUACUUGGUGCAGUGGCGAUAUGAAGAGCUACCUGGUAGCUGGCAAUACUAUUCGAACACAAGUCACUCUGAUCGCUCUAUCAUUCAUGUAGAUAAUCUGCGGCCAUACACUAAGUACCGAUUCCGAGUUGCUAUCUUCUUAUCCGGUCGUGUUGGAAGCGGUGAGCCAGUGUACUCGGCUCCCUCUGUGGUUAUAUCGACGUUGGAGAGCGGCAAGCCAAGCUCUGCACCUACAGCGUUACGCGCGGCGGCGCCUGAUCCCAGUAGAGUGGCCAUUUCCUGGGAGCCGGGACCUUUCCCCAACGGACCGUUGAUUUCUUACGUACUGAGGCUCGCUGAUACCCAACCUAACACUAAUGACGCAUUGGAGGAUAUGCCAGCAUCGAACAACACUUUGUUUUAUAUGUUCCAAAAUCUGGCUCCAGCAAGAGAGUACGAGGUGUCGGUUGCAAUGCGCAAUGCUGUUGGUGAAGGUCCUAGAGCUUACGUUAGGAUUUCAACACCACCGCUGCCUAAAUCUGUCCCCAAUCAACAGCCGAUAUUAAUAUUGGGUGGAGAACACAAUAUUUUAGCAGCCCCUGCUAAUGACAUACUCUCCGAUCCAAUAGAGUUGUACAGUACAGAAAAAAUUAUAACAGGAGUUGGAUUGGACAUGUCGAGUGAUUCGUUAUUCGUAUCCGUAUCAAACGGCUACGUGUAUCGAAGCUCAUUAUCAAAGAAAAGCUUUUCCGAAACUAUUCUUACGCCUAAAAAUAUUUCAUACAAACCUUUAGAUUUAUCAGUGGAUUGGUUAAACCGACAUUUGUAUGUACUAGGAGAAGUAUAUUAUGCGAGAGAGGGCCCCAGUUGGUUAAAUACUUCGUCGUUAUAUUCAAAUUGGGAGAUAAUUCGUUGUGAUUUUGAUGGAAAAAAUCAGAUUGUUGCUUUGUCAGGAUUCAAUUCUCGACCGAUACAUUUCGAAGUGGAUGCUUAUAACGGGUAUUUAUUCUGGGCGCUACGCGGCGUAGAGAGAGGUGGUUUAUAUAGGUUGGACUUAGCCAAUAUCUCAAACGGAGUUCGCCACGACGCACCGCCAGAAUUAAUAGUGAGAGACGCACACCUAGGGGCUUUUACUGUGGACCAUGCUGACUUUAGACUUUUAGUCGCCCAUUUGAAAAGAAAUACUGUCUUGGCGGUAUCUUUAGACGGACGAGAAGUAACAGACUUCAGAACAAACACCCAAACACCAAUGUUUUCUUCCGUACGAUCGAUAGCAUACGCUAGCGGCCUCUUUUACUGGACUAACGGCAGAGAAAUGUUGAUUGAGGAAUACCACGCCAAAAGCGAUAGCUAUUUCCACAACGAGUACCCUUUGGCUUAUAAUACCAAGUUGAUCGCGACCAGUCAUGUUCUGGUGGCUUUGAGGAGUUGUCAGCCAAUACCAGUGCCAGUGAAUCCACCAUUAGGCGUACAAAGUGUAAUGGGAAUUAAUCGAGCGAAAGUAUCAUGGUCCCCGCCGCAUCUUUUGGGUCAUCAGGGAAUCGGGGCUUGGCAGCAAUGGACAUUUCAUCUUCAGUUGUCAAUGGACAACGGCGAUACUAUCAAUAUAAAAAACAUCAAUGAAUCUGCGUACGUGGUUGAAAAUUUAAAGCAAGAUACGGAAUAUGUUAUUAAAGUGGCAGCAGAAACAGAAUCUGGUUCAGGUCCUUGGUCUUCUGAAUUUGUAGGAAAGACUUUUGCAUCAUCACCCACGACACUACACAGCACUUUACUUUGGUCUGGACCUGAUGGUCUCCUACAAACAGAUUUAACCGGAGAUAACUUGCAAACUUUGAUUCACAGGGCGCAUUUGAAAAACCUUUACAUUACCGAUAUUUCGUGGUAUCGCGACAAGCUGUACUUAGUAACAAAUGCUUCAACCGUGAUGUGGUACAAUACAACGUCGCAUGAAAAAGGCUUGAUGCCCAAUAUGGACAACGUUGGCAGUUUGGCCGUUGAUUGGGUUGGGAAGAAGAUUUACUGGUCAAAUCCUAAGCAACAAUUGAUUACGCGUGGUAAUUUUGAAGGUGGAAACCGCGAGCCCGUGCCAAUAGUUACGGUAGCAAAAGAACUAACUAUCGAUUCAUUGGGUGCAUAUAUUUACUGGAACACAGGCCACGCUGUUGAAGCUGCAAGACUCAAUGGCGAAAACAAAAUUAUUUACUACCCUGCACAAUUAUUCAGUGGCAAACAAGUAAUGGGCUUGACGGCGGAUUUGGAAAAGAAAUGGUUAUAUUGGCUUGUCAGAAGUUAUGAUGGUUCUGAAUUACAUCGAGCGCCAACGGCUGACAAAAUAUCUACUGGUGUUAGCGAGGUAUCCGGAUCGCUUGUUACACGAUUGGCUGGAACAGCAACGCUGGGUCCACUCUGCUACUUUAGUGGACGAUUGGUUUGGGUUCAAGAUGCAUCGAGAGCGGUUGUUUCUGACUUGGCAGGCAAAUAUACAGCCGAAUUGGUGCCAAGAGUUCAUGUUAUUGCUGUAAGAGAUCCAUCGCUACAUGCUGAUAGCGAAUCACUCAUAGCAAUCCCGGAGACUAUCAACGCUUCGUCAAUAUCAGUGGUGGGUACGUGGGAACGGUUCAAUGUAACAUGGGCGCCAGCACAGCGUGUUAAUGUCAAGAAUGGACGCGUCUUCUACGAUGUCAGUCUUCAAUUCGAAGGACAAUUCAAAAUUGAGAGGACAGUAGACGUGCCAUGGGUCGAGGUGGCAGAACGGUCACCUUCGCCGUACAGCAGCAUGGAGGUGACAGUCCGCGCGCACACGCACUGGGGCGGCGGCGCGGCGGCGCGCACUCACGCGCACUCGCCGCCGGCCGCGCCCUCCGCGCCGCGCGACCCCGCGCUCUACGUGCAGCCCGCGCACAGUGGUGGUCCACUGACUGCAGUAUUCCGAUGGAAGCCGCCUUCUCGAGCCAAUGGUAUAAUUCGUGGGUAUGAAGCGCAAUGUUGGUCCUUGUCCAUAUCUUCUUUCACAACGGAUUCGGCUGUCAAAACUUCAGCCUGCCCAGAUUCGUUGUUGUCUCCAUUACACACGCAACUUAUGCUGAGACAACUGAUGCCUGAUUCUACAUACUACUUUCGGGUCAGAGCUUAUACGGAUGCCGGGUUCGGACCAUAUUCAGAGGUAGUUUCAUCACCGUCCGAUGAAAUAAACCCGGUACCGAAAGUAAUGCUAUCUUCUCAAGAGUCAAUAAGAAUUUUCGAUUUAGACUCCGGCGAAAGUGAAAUUAUACCGAAAAGCACGGGCAAGCCUGUUGACUUUGUGGUGUCCACAGAAGAAAAUGUUGUGUACUGGGUUAAUAAUUUAGAAGAAAUAUUCUCAUCUAGAAUUAAUGGCAGCGGUCACUACAAGUUAACGUCUAUUAACGGCUCAGCUACAAGCAUCUGUGUUGACUGGGUAGGUCGUUCAGUGUACUGGACCCAACAUGAUAUUACUGCUACCGAAUCUUACGUAACUUAUCGGGCAGAUUUGGGAAUACCUAACACAAGACCCAAAAUCUCACGAGUGUUUUCAAGAAAACAAGCCAUUUAUAGCCUACAAAUUGCUCCUUUACACGGGUCACUAUUCUGGUAUGAAGAAAGUAAUCAUCCAGGUUUAGGCACACUAAUGACGUCAAAGGUGAAUGGCUCGAACAUACGUUCCUUUUUUGCCAACAAUGAAGAAGAUCCUGACUUACGCAGCAAUUGCAAUUGCCCUGAAAAUCCCCAAGUCGCCAGAACGUUCGCUCUUGACAUGACAAAAGAUGAUAUCGAAUUUUAUUGGGUCGAUCCUUGGGUGCACCAAAUUGUAGCGACAGAUAUAAGGGCUUGCAAAUGUAGGAUAGUAGUGGAUGCAGGAAAGAAAAAAUAUGGUUUCACUCCCAUGGCCAUCACUAUAGAUAGUAAAUACGUUUAUUGGUUUAAUUCUACAGAAAAAUCAAUUUAUUAUACGAACAAACGUAGAAAAAGAGAUAUCGAACAUGUGAAAGCUUCGUAUGGCUAUAAAAUAAUGACUUUAGAUCCUGCAAAUCAACCAUAUCCGCCAAGGCAAUGCUUAUUUCCGAAAGCGGAGAACCUGCUUCCAAAAGUUCUUUCAAACUCUGCCAAUAGUAUAACCCUACAGAUGCCCAAAGUUGGUAAACCUAACUAUUGCAAUGAUAUCGAAUAUGAAAUGACAGCAACUGAGUUUACGGUGUACUAUCGUUUGCAAACAUCAAAUGAUUCGACGACCUGUGACAAGGAAACUUGUCCGUAUAUAACAACCACGAAUACUGAGUUAGUGCUCAAUGAAUUAAGCCCAUUUACAAAUUAUACCGUGAUGUUGGAAGCGACCAAUUACUAUGCAAAACUUCACGAGGUCAAACCUAUUAUUGGUUCCUCCUUAAUUCUUCAAACGGCCGCUGAAGCACCAACGCCACCUAGAGACGUCAUUGGCAUAGUUCUAAGUCCAGUGCUAGCGCGUGUGGAAUGGACUCCAGACCCUGGCUUGUGGUACGAACUUCACUGGCGAACGGAUGAUUCAUCUUCAUUACCUCAUAAAUUGAAAGAGCACAACACGUUCGAGGUGUCGGAGGGGCGGAGCGCGAACAUGAGCCGGCUGAGCCCCGGCACCGCGUACGUGGUGUGGGUGCGCGCGCGCUCGGCGCACAGCGCGCUGGCGGCCGACUCGCCGCCGCUGCGCCUGCGCACCUUCCCGCCGCCCGCGCCGCUCGCGCUGCGCCGCGCCCGCGCCUACGACCUGCAAGUGCUCUGGCCGCCGCCCACCGCCUACCAACUGCACCAGUAUAAAGUAGAAUACGCAGAAUCGUCGAUGUCGAAAGAUUUGUGGAAGAUGUGUGUGCAGAGUGAGCGCGACGAGUGGACCGCAAGUGGUUUAAGACCACGGACUCGGUAUCGCUUCCGUCUUCGCCUGCAAUACGUCGCACACGCGCCUCCGUAUCACUGGCCACAUGAUGACCGCUUUACUUUCGAAACUCUUGGAGACGUCCCGGGACCACCUGGACCACUACGGAUAGAAGCAGUGGGAGAUAAAGUACUUCGCGCCUGGUGGUCGGAACCAGACCCCAGAGGAUCACCGGUAACUGCCUACCGCGUUUGGGGACGACCACAACACCGGGAUACAAAUGCCGAGGAAAGUAAUGUGAAAAAUCUCAGUGAGUUACUGCCUGCUGAUUUGCCGAGCGACAUUGAUGAUGAAAUGAAAAUGCUCAUUUUACGUGAAGGCCUGGAGUUGCUUCAUAAUGGAACUGAGACGUACUGGCUGAUCGGCGCGGGCGAGGUGUCGCAGGGCUACGUGGCGCGCGUGCAGGCGCGCAACGAGUACGGGUGGGGCGCGCUGUCGGCGGGCGCGGCGCUGUCGGGCGCCGAGCUGGCGCGCGCGCACCCCUUCGCGCUGGCCGCCGCGCUCGCCGCACUCGCCGCGAUCGCCGCCCUCGGGCUCGCUGCGCUCCUCUACACAUACAAAAAUCGCAAUAAGAAAAAAGCUGCCAUCGAAAAUCAAAUAACAAGUGCCACGCCUAGAAGAGGUCCUGACGUUGAACUCGCCACGUUACGCCAACUGCCCAUCAGACAUUCCACGAACAUACUGUAUAACCAGGGUGCGAUAAGUCCUACGGAGGCAGAACUGUCAGCUUUGCCUCACGUGCGUCGCGAACACAUAACGUUGAACAAGUUCCUAGGCUCGGGCGCGUUUGGAGAAGUGUUCGAGGGCAUCGCCAGGCAGCUCAGUAACGGCGCCGCGGAAACCAAGGUCGCUGUUAAGACUCUCAGAAAAGGAGCGACUGAACAAGAAAAGAGUGAAUUCCUAAAAGAAGCCGCCCUGAUGUCAAACUUCAAACACGAACAUAUUUUACGUCUGUUGGGCGUGUGCCUUGACAACGAUCCUAACUACAUCAUCAUGGAACUCAUGGAGGGAGGAGAUUUGCUAAGCUACCUCAGAGCUAAACGAGCCUCAUUGUAUACGCCAGAAUCACUAACUCUUCUGGACUUAUUAAACAUGUGCGUGGACGUGACAAAAGGCUGUCGUUAUUUAGAAGAAAUGCAUUUCGUCCACCGAGACCUGGCCGCUAGAAACUGUUUGGUAGCUCAUAGAGCUGGAGGAAGAGUCGUCAAGAUCGGUGACUUUGGGCUUGCUAGAGAUAUUUACAAGAACGACUAUUACAGAAAGGAAGGCGAAGGGUUGCUGCCUGUACGGUGGAUGGCUGUGGAAUGUUUAGUGGACGGCGUUUUCUCGUGUCAGUCCGACGUAUGGGCUUGGGGUGUGCUAUGUUGGGAGGUGCUGUCUCUGGGCCAGCAGCCGUACCCGGCGCGCACCAACCGGCAGGUGCUGGGCUACGUGCGCGCCGGCGGCACGCCCGACCGCCCGCCCAACUGCCCGCCCCAACUGUACGAGUUGCUGCAAAAGUGCUGGAGCUACAACGCAGAGGCGCGGCCGUCCUUCCGGCAGUGCCUGGACGUGGUGACGGCGCUGCGAGACGCCACGGCGCCGCGCGCGCCGCUCGCCGCGCUGCCCGCGCCCGCGCCCGCGCAGUACCUCACGCUGCUGCCCGACGAUGCAGUCGACAACCGCACCUACCUGCUGGACGAGAAUGAAAACGCCUGCGUAGAUGAAGAUUUUCUCGAACACCAGAUGGAGCCUUCAAGUCUUUUACCGCAGCAUCCUACAAAAUAUCUCGAACUGAUGUACGACAGUGACUCGGGAGCCGACACGCUGUGCGACGGCUAUGAGAUACCAAGAACUCCCAUAACAUACACGCCCUUCUCGAGGCACAGUAUAGUGGGAGUAGCACCAAAUAGACUGAUCAAGCCCCCCUUGUACAGAACGCACUCACUUCGAGCACCGCCUCUACGAACGCAUUCGCUGCGUACGCAAUCGCUACGGGCGAACACGCGACCACCCAACGCCACUAUAAUACCAUUACGAAAUGGCAUCCUCAAAAGAUCUUCUCUAUGUGAUAGUACUUCAAGAGAACCUCGUCCGAGUUCUUCACGCGAGGUAGAAUUCGACAAACAUAGUUUUAAGACUCCAUUUUGA